GUCCCCCCAAAGACGAAGUGAAAGUCGAUUUCCGCAGUUGGGAGUAGAUUUCAUCUGGCUUGUGUGUGUUUUUUUGGGGAGGGCCAUGCUUCCGACAAGAAGGACACGAGGACGACGCGAGGCUUGACAAGUUCCGAAAUGGAAAGUGGAACCGAUUCCGCUUCAAUACGCCGCCUUUCGAGCCAAGCGAAAACGGGCGGGAUAUUCACAAGAUGACCUGGAGGAGACUUACGGCUUUUUGCUCUUUGAUGACGUCAACAAGGCCAAUGCGCUCGGGCGAACUGGAGUUCUCACUGGGACCAGCUCCUGUUGCAGCUUGGGAGACCCCCUCAAGGAGCGUCGGCGAUGAAGGGUAAGGCAACGCGGAUCCCGACCACCCGUGGCCGUCACGCGGGACUUUGCCUCAAUGGCCUUUUCUCGGAUUGUCGCAGAGCCCAAACCUCGCGGCUUCAUCUCAUGCCGAAUUCUCCAAAUUCUGCCGGUUCUCCGUUUAGCGGAAGGCGAGGUCAAGAAGGCGGACGCCGAUCCCAAGCGAGGACCGUGUGAAAUUGCGGCGAAACGCACGCGCACUUGCGGCGCGAUGCUAAAUCCCGGACCGGCGCCCAGUCCAUCCCCGCUGCCCGCCGUCCGCGACGCGGACCACUCGCCGUCACCUCCCGAGGCGCUCCGAGCCACCGGUUCCCCGCAAACGGGAUCGGAAGAUCAGCCGAUUGGCAGAGAGUCUCCCCCGCGACGGCAGAACAGUGCCGAAGAACUGAACGCGCUGAAUGAAAGCCACCAUCCCCGAGUGAAAAGCCUCGGGACUCCCGAGGCCGCAGCGCAACCAACGGCGACCUUCGCCUCCGAGCAAAGUGUCACGGAGGAAAGUCCGGUCGGGCCUGCAAAGUCGGAGACGACGAGUACCGGCGAAACGCCAGCGGGAGCCGCGCUUGCGACGAACCAAGUUCUGAAGAAAAGCGACCACCCGCAGGCGAAAACCCUCCAGACCCGGGACGUUCCGGCAGAGCCCGCGGAGAGCCUCGCCUGCGAACGGGGUACGCUCCGUCCCCCGAAGUCAGAGAUGGGUCCCGGCGAAGCGGAUGCCCAGGCGAAAAGCCUCGGGGCCCCCGGCGUUCCGGCAGAGCUGAUUGUGAGCUUCACCUCGGAGCAAAGCGUCACCGGCAAGCGUCCCGUCGGUCCCGCCCCCGCAAAGAAGCCGCCUCCGUCCGCCAAACGCAGGAGGGCUUCGCUUUGUCCGGCGACCGCUCCUCUCGCAAAAAAGCGACGGAGAAAAUUGUCGCGCAAACACUCAAACGCCGGGGAAGAGGCAAAAGAAGCCUCCUUCCAGACUCCCGGCCUGCAAAAUGGCAGAAAACCUCGGCAAGAUGAUCGGCAGAGACUCCGAAAGUGGGCCGCGAGAGGGCGCAGAGUCAGGAGGCUCGCCGCGGAAGCGCUCAAAGCCAGGGAGGCGGGGCCGGGAAAUCGGACCGGGCGUCGGGCCGUCGGGGCAGAGCGGCAAGCUCCCCCGAGAGAGAAAUCCGAGCGCUGGAAUUUGAAGCCUGUCAAAAGUGAAUGCGGAAGAGUCUUAGUCCCGCACGGCUACGGGCGCUCCGCCCGUCCGGCCGAGGAGACCGCAAACGUCCACGGCUUCCUGACGGCGGCGGCGGCGGCUCUCGAGCCGCCAGGAGACACGGUCGGAGACUUGCGGGAUCCCGUCGGGUCAGAAGCCGUCGACGAGCGCGGCGCUCCCGAUGGGCGCCCCGCAAAGCGCCCGCCGACCCGCGUCCUCCCGUGUCGGCUGGAAAAGCCCCCAAAUGGCGCCGCCGAGACCUGUUUGAAGGAAACCGCCGACCUUGCCACGGAACUCCUCAGGGGGGACUCAAUCAGGCCGCGCGUCGAGCCCCAAGGAACGCCGGCUCGGUUCCAGCAAAGGGCGCCGAAAGGCCCUGGCGGCGGGGAAGCCCCUUUGGAGGCGCAAGGCCAGAAAGCCGAAAUACUGUGCAGGCCUCUCCCCAUUUACCCAAAGUGGAAGCGAGUGAAAACGCUCCGGAAACAUCUGGACAUCUCGCGGGAACACUUUAAGAAGACAUGGUGGAUGCACUUUCGACGGCCCUCCGGCGCCGACCGUGCCGUCAAAGAGCGUCUUCGGGACGAUUCUCUCCGGAAGAAGACCCCGAGCUCAAACGCAUCGACCGAUGCUUUGAAUUUACUGGCAGACCUGGCCCUUGGGGCCGAUCGCCCGUGGCAAUCGGAGCGAGACGUCGCGGGGCCGCCUGGGUCCGACUUGAGAAAGGACGUCCGGCCCCCAAAUGCGGCCGGUGCCGGCGAAGCGUCGCUUCCUCUUACUCCGCGAGGAUGGCCUGGAGCCACGCGACGGGAAAGCCCUCCCGCCGAAGGCGGCGACUGGGCUCGCUUGUUGUGUCAGGAGCACGCGUACUCGUUACCCCUGCGCGCCUCCCUGCCUCCCGCUUUACCGGGCACGCCGUUCCAGGUCUCCCCUCUGAGCGGCUCCACCGGAUUGCUUCAGAGGCCGCGCGCGGCGCGCGCUGUCGAAACGCCGCGGGCCGCCGCCGCCGACGAUUUGGAGGAGCUGGCGGAAAAGCGGGACGGUCAGCCUUCGGACCGCGGGGGGACGCGGACGACCGCCUUGAACCGCGACCGCAGCUUCCUAUGCCGAGACGGUUCGGUCCAAGUCACGCGCCAAUGGAAAGAAAAGUACGACUUUGGUCGAGACAGCAGGUUUUCCAGCGAUCCGAAGGACCGGACCAUCGUCCGGGCCUUGCACGGCCCCUGGGAUUUCUCUCUUCAAGACACCAGGGAAGACAUGCAGCUGAUUGUCCACAUGUGGAUUGGUUUUUUCUACAGCCGUUCCACAGCGAGGUUCAUUGACCUGGGCUCAGACCGGGAUACAAACCCGCGCUCGGCCGACGGUGUUCGUCCGGAGGCGGCCGCGGCAACGAAGGCUCGGGCGCGGCUCGAGGCGGAUGUCUUUGAAGAGCGGAGCGAGCGUUCCCUUUCCAACACCUCGGACCUGAGCGGGACCUCCUCUUUGGAUGGAGACUCUGACGUCCUCACCUCCUCUCCCAGGGCCUCCAAUGGAUUUACGGUUCUCCCUUCAGAUCCUCAAGUCCACAGUGCAAAAGCCUCGGCCUCGGCUGACUCGCCGACGGAGUUCAAAGAGCGACAAACGUUUCAGGGAAACAGAGCGACGAUUCUCUCUGCGGAGAUAGCAGAUCAAGCACGCCGCGCUGUUGCGCCGUCUCCGAAUGAAACUCGCAUCAUCCGAGGAGAGAUGGCGACGGUCUCGGGUGAGACGGCGGACCGCCGGAGACCUAAAUCCGACGCGGGCAAGAUGGAUUUCAAAGGCGGCUCUCAGGCCGCCGGGCCGACGGGGCUGCCGAAACACGAAAGAGGCUCGCCUUUGACAAAAAAAGAAACGGGUGGCGGGUCUCUUCUGGGCCUUCAAACCGACGCUCGGCCUCUCGCUCUUGUCCCCAACUGCGAACAUUCAGAGAGAGGUGGCGCCACGGCACCUCGCCGAGAAUGCUUCGAGAAUCGGCGAGCCCCGACUGGCGUUGAAUUACAGGCGGCGGCUUUUUUCGGUCAGGGCUCGGCGUCUGAAAACAUGUCUGUGGUCAACUUGGAGAUGGCGCCACUGAGCCCGCAUGGGAAAGAAAGCCCGUGCGCAACGACGGGCGCGCUCCCUCUUAGCGGAGAAGAGAUGGCGGCUCCCUUAGCUCCGAUACAUGGGCGACCUGCCUUGGUUCAGCAUCAAACUGUAAAACCUUUGGCAUCCGACUCGGAGUUGGCCGAAGAAGGACAAAAGAAGGUUGGAGUGAGACGGUUUUCCUUUUUUUCCGGAGAGGGGACGAAAUCCACAAGUGGGCUGGAAGAGGUUCUUCGUGACCGCACCAGAAACGGUUCCCCCGAAAGCAUCCGAGAACCGUCAACGUCCAGAAGAGCAGCGCUGAAGGCGGGCCACAUUGUCGGCGGGACCGGAUCCAGCAGAGCGCGCGAAAAGCCUUCCGCCAUGGUCCGAAGCCAGCGGCAGAAACAUUUCAUCUGCCGUGAAACUGUCAAACUUGCGACUGAGGUGGGAUUCGUUGAGGAAGGACAAGACGUGGAGGUGGAAGGAAUCCACCCGAGGGCCGUUUCACCCGCAGGCCCCGGGAGUGCCGUCCAACGGCCUGUCCGGAACCGGACGGAAGCGGGGUGUCUCCUCGGAGUCGCUUCUCCCAAAAGCGUCCCGGAACGCUCGCCGGUCCUUGCGGAAGGCCGGCCUGACUCCGGGUUCUCCCCCAUCCCCGUGGACGAUGCACCCGAGGCGCUAGCGCCUUCUGGCCGCCAGAAUGACAUCUCUUCGGAGGGUUCUGACCCGAGUGUUCAACGGUGGCUUGACACAAAGUCGCGCGGUCCCAUCGGGACGACCGACGCGACUCUCGGUCAGCCCUCAAACCCGAGCGAGGCGAAGGACAAGGGCGCAAAGCUGACCGAACCUUGGGAUCGCUCCGUGGUCGCGAUGCCGACGCGACGUAGGGCGGAUGAGGAUCGCCGGGACGCGCCCACGUCCGGGACCAAAUCACGGGAAAGAAAAUGCAGGUUCUACAUAUUGGUGACAUCAGAAGAUGCCUUCUUUGCGGAAACAAAGGCUUGUUUAGAAGCGGCGGGUCACACGGCGGUACGGCCGAGCCAGUUCUUCCUCGGCGGAGAGUCUUUGUCUUUGCUCAUCAUCAUAAGGAACCAGGACAUCUCGGCGCACCUCUCUGAGGUUCCACAUCUACUGGAGCUGAAAAAGUCGCCGCAGGUGCGCUUUGCCGGCAUUGACGAACCGCACGACGUCAUGAAUCUCACCCAUCAGGAACUGUUCCUCAGCGGUGGCUUUGUGAUGUUUGACGGGCCGUCCCUCGAAGCCCUCAGCCUGGACGAGGUGAAAAGAUUGAUGGAAGUCCUGCAAGAGCUGAACAAAACGGGAAAGUGGAAGUGGCUGCUACACUACAGAGACAGUCGGCGAUUCAAGGAGAACGCAAGGUUCACUGCCGAAGCAGAAGAGAAGAAGGACUUGCUGAGCUGGUGUCAAGAGACGGGCCUGUGCGCAGUUUUGCCCUACCACCAAUGCGACACCAAGUCCACGGAUCAUCCCGACUAUCUCGCUUGUCUGGUGCACUCGCAGGUCCAGAACAUUGCGGCCCGUUUUCCCGUGUUUGUGACCGAUACAAGGAGCGCUGAGCAAUUUGAGAAGAAUGGAAUUCUGACGGCGACCAAGGACUCUUUCCUCACGUGUUUUUCGACGUGACCGCGCAACCGCCUGACCUCGACUCCGCCGUGCCGACUCGGCGACUCAAUGCAAACAAUGAACCUCAUGACUUGAUUCACGAAGACCUCACUACCUUUAGCCAAACAAAAUUCUUCGAUGCAGUACCAAAUGUUGCAGUUUUGUUGGGCCUUUUUUUUUUUCUCUAAGAGGACGAGCUGUGCGAUGAAUGGCGCCAUUGUGUAUGAUUUCAAUUGGGCUUUUGUCUUUCAUGGUUGAUGAAAGAGCUCAAAUCUUUUUUUUUCUGACUUUUUAUGUGCAGGUACGAUUUCAAAAUCAAUGUAUUGACUAACGUGAGUGAAAUGAUGGAAUAAAAGAAGUUGCUAUCCGUGC